AUGUAGAAUUAGUUUCCAACAUUGUCUACAAUGGGUAUUUAAUUGAAAGAAAUAUUUUAAAUUCCAAAAAAUAUCUUUAAAAGAGAAGAAAGGUAUAUAAAUGAUGAAGUAGUAAAGCAAUUUUCUUAAAAAGUUGCAAAAAAAUACCCUAAUUUAUAAGGGUUAAAAUUGAAAUUUGAGAGAAGCUAUAUUAAUAUAGAAGGAUUUAAGUAUUUAGGAAAGCUUUUUAAAGGAUUAUAAAACCUUAAAUAUCUCUAUUUAGAUUUAUUUAAUGCAGGAAUAACAACAUAUGAUAUCCAUGAAAUAGCCUCUUCAACUUCAUAGUGUAUGCAGCUAAGCUAUUACCAUAUAUACAUCAAAUAAUUGACUUAGAUUGAAAGUAGUGAUUUUACUUUGCUUAUAACAUCUGUAAAAGACCUUCCUUAACUAUAUGAUUUUGGGAUAGAGAUUCAAAAUAUUAUUUUAGAAAAUGAAACUUUUAGCGACCUCAACUAAAAUAUUAAAAAUUUUUACUGCCAUCUCAAUUUUUGCACUAUUAAUGAUGAUUAUUGUUUGGAGUACUUAAAGAUAUUUUUGAAAAAGAGCUACAAGUAACUUUAAUCAGUAAUUCUUAAAUUCAGUGACACAUUUCUGUCUUAGUAGAAUUUUUAAUGCAUUCAAUAUUGCUUAGAAAAUAAGUAGUUGUUUACUGUAGAAAUUUAAGUGGAGGAUUGUGAAUUAGAAUUGGAUGGAGAUUAUUUCAUAUAUAGACUCAAAAGACUAUAAAAUUUGUAAAACCUAAAUAUUAACUUUUGCGGAAACAAAUUGGCUUACAAAUCAGAUAAUAAAAAGACUUCUGAAGAUAAAAAGAUAAAAAGCUUGAAGAAAUUGAUUAUAAAUCUAGAGAGAGUUAAGCUUGCAGAAAAAAACUGUUUAUAGUUUUUAAAUAAUUUUACCUCAAAUGUAGGCCUUUAAGAAUUAUCGCUUAACUUUAAUGGGUUGAAUUACAAAAAUGAGUUUUAUAAUGACUUAGGAGAUUUCAUAAAAAAAUAAGCGAAUUUAGGUGAACUAAGCUUGGUGAUGUAGAUUAGCUGUAAUGAUUUUUAGAAGCUCAUAGAAGACAUCGCUUUCAACAAAUAAAAUUUAAAAAAAAUUCAUUUAGAUUGUAGAUAUGUGAUCAGUAAAAACGAAAAUUCAGUUGAAGAAAAAUAUUAAUUAUCUUCCCUAAACUAAAUCAAGAAUUUAUAGUCAUUCACUUUUCUAACAAGAAACAUAGGUUUUGAUUAAGAUGAUAUCAUCGAUUUAAUAGAUAAGUUACGAUUGAAUACAAGAAUCAAAUCCUUCGUUUGUUAUUCAAUGGAUUAGAAAAAAAAUGUGAAUUCGAUAUCUAGUUUGUGCAACUAUUUUAUUAAUUUACCUUACUAAUUCGAUAGAUUAAGUAUUAUUUUUGGGGUUAGUGAAAAACUUUUAAAGUAGUCGGAUAUUUUACUUGACUAAAUAGAGCUAACUAUGCAUAGAAUAGGAUAUAUUAUUUCUUUACAAAGCAUUGAAGUAGUUGAAAGUAAGUACAGCAUGAACAAGGCUUUUAAAAAUUUUUAGAGAUCUAUCACAAUUUAAAUACUUCAGUGUGUAGCUUUUAAAAUAUAGAUAUUUAAUGAAUUAACAUAUAAUCCUAUUUUUAUUUAUUAAGAUUUAUGUGUGUGA